CUGAAAUCCUUCGUAUCCCGGGCGCUCUCUCUCUCUCUCUCAGGAACCCAUCUCUGUUCUUUCCAUGCAAUAACCCUAGCAUUCUUCUCUCCAUCUCCCACCAUGCUUCCCUUUUCGUCCACCGUUUCAGACCAGAUUCGCUUCUUGCUCCAGAACUCGGACGAUUCCAACUCCGACUCGGUCUUCCGCGAGCUCUGUCAGUUUGUUGAAUAUGGGAAUGAGGGAAGCAUUGUACUGCUCCAAGCCUGCUUAGAUCAAGUGAAAUUUCAGAGCGAAGACUUUCAGUCAAAGCUAUAUCUUCUAUCAGCUAUCUUUAGAUACUUUUUGGGUAGACCAAAUUUCGCCACAGUUUUCUGUGAAGCACUGAGAAGUAAAGUGAUGAGUGAAGGAUUUCUAGAAGGUCUCUCCAAGCAAUUGCAUUUGUCUACACCCGAGAAAAUUGCUGUUGGUCUUGCUCUGUCAGAUUCAGGAAAUAUGGAUUUCAGAAUCAGAGGGCAAAAUUUCUGCAGGGCACAUAUUGAGGAAUUAUGUACAAAGCCUGCUUCUGUUUCUCAUGAGCAAAUUCAGAACAUUUUUUUAUUUCUCUCUCAGUCCGAGGGCCUUUCAAAGCAUGUGGAUUCUUUUACAAAGAUGUUGUCCUUGUUACAACUCAAAGAGAGGACUCAUUUUGUACUAGCCCCAAUACUGGCAGAUGAUUCAUCUGAUGUCAACUCAUUGAGGUAUUUGGAAUCAUUCUUUGAUUGCACUGAGAAUGAUUUUGAUACUGUUCUAGCUGAGAUCGAGAAGGAAAUUAGCAUGGCAGAUAUAAUGAAGGAACUGGGCUAUGGAUGUACAACUAAUACUUCAGUCUGUAAAGAGAUGCUCUCUCUCUUUUCACCCCUUAAUGAAGUUACUCUCUCUAGGAUACUCUGCACAAUGGCAUGGACCCAUAUUGGUCUUGAGGACAGUCAAAACACAUUUUCAACAUUCUGCUCUGCUCUUGGUACUAAUUCGACUGCUGAUUCAUCAUGGUUGAGCUCUUGGAAUGUUGAUGUCCUCGUAGACUCGAUUAAAGAACUUGCUCCUGAAAUUGAUUGGAGAAGUGUCAUGGAAAACUUGGAUCACGAGGGGUUCUACUUUCCUGAUGAAAAGGCAUUUUCUCUUUUCAUGUCUAUUUAUGCAAAAGCGUGCCAGGACCCAUUCCCCCUCCAUGCCAUUUGCGGGUCUGUUUGGAAGAAUGCUGAGGGCCAGCUAUCUUUCCUAAGACAUGCUGUUUUUGCACCGCCAGAACUGUUUACAUUCACACAUUCUACUAAGCAGCUGUCGCAUGUUGAUGCGGUGCAUGGGAGUACGCUUCCACCUGAGCAUGCAAAUAAUGCUUGGUUCUGCCUUGAACUUUUAGAGGUGUUAUGUCAAUUAGCCGAAAGUGGCUAUGCCAGCUCUGUCCGCACAAUGCUUGAGUACCCUUUGAAGCAGUGUCCUGAUGUCUUACCUAUUGGGAUGGCCCAAAUUAAUACUGCAUUUAAUCUCUUACAACAUGAAGUGUGUUCCAUUGUUUUUCCCGUGAUAGCUGGAAGUGCCAUGAAAAGUGGGAUAGUUCAUCAUCUUUGGUUAAUUAAUCCUAAACUUGUCUUGCGAGGUUUUGUUGAAAUUCACAACACUAAUCCAGACACCAUUGAGAAGAUAUUGGACAUUUGCCAAGAGCUGAAGAUCCUAUCAUCUGUGUUGGACAUGACUCCAUUUCCUUUCAGCAUUAAACUUGCUGUGCUUGCUUCUCAGAAGGAACAUGUAAAUCUUGAGAAAUGGUUGCAUCAAAAUCUGAGCACAUAUAAAGAUUCUUUCUUUGAGUAUUGUCUCAAUUCCUUAAAAGAAAUACCUUUAGAUGGGGAUGCUUCUGCUAGUCCUUUCCAACAUUUUGGUGCUGUUUUGAAUGUCCUUCAAGCCCAUUCUGGGCAGCUAGUCUCCUGCCAACUUUCUGAGGAAAUGGAAAGGUUGCUGUUAGCAUCUGGGCAUGUUAAUCCAAGACUUCAGGGUGGUGGAGUUAUAGAUUCAUUACCAUCUGAUGGCUAUCCUGGCGAUGUUGAGGCAGAAACCGACUCUUACUUCCACCAAAUAUAUUCUAAGCAGUUAACUGUUGAUCAAAUGAUUAAAAUGAUUGCCCGUUUCAAGGAUUCUCCUGAAAAAAGGGAACAAUCAAUCUAUCAUUGUAUGAUAGCAAAUCUAUUUAAAGAGUACCUCUUCUUCCAUAGUCAGCCAGAAAGUCAAUUUGAAGUCACUGCUGUUCUCCUUGGAUCCCUUAUAAAUCAUCAACUUCUGCACUGUCAUACCCUUGGUGUUGCCAUCCACUGCGUUCUGAAUGCAUUGCGUGAACCUGUGGACUCGAAAAUGUUUGUAUUUGGGGCCAAGGCUUUGGAGCAGUUUUUAGACCGUUUGGUGGAGUGGCCAAAAUAUUGCAAUGAGAUUUUGCAAAUACCUCAUUUGCGUGGUGCCCAGGCUGAGCUCUUUUCAUAUAUUGAGCGCGUUCUUACACACAUUUCCUUAGGCCAGUUGGAAUCAAAUGGUGGCAAUGGUGCUCCAACUGAUCAACACAAAGGUUUUAGUCGGGCUCCCUCAGAAAACCUGGAGGCAUUGGAACCUUCAGGGAUAUUCAAUGGUUCUGGCACCACAAAACCUGGACAGCAACUUUCUCCAUGCCAAUUGCAACAGAGGCGUCUAGGUUUUGUGGAUGGCUGGGAUAAAGCUUCUGCAGCUUAUGUUAGCCACAUGGAGCUCCCUUUAUCUUUUGCUGGACAACCUUUGUUCGGUUCCUCAAAUGUUGACUUAAUCAGUAAUCAGAAGCCCUUGCAAAUUGUGCCUUCUCAGCAUCCUCCAAGCAGGCCAGCUACUGUGAUACCCUCUCUUGGGUUUUUGCAUCAUUCUCAAGGAAUAACAUCUGUAGGAUUGCUUAGACAAAAUACACAUAACAUGGGUUUUGGAGCUGCUUUGAACAUUGAAACUCUACUUGCAGCUGCUGAGAGAAGGGAUACUCCCUUGGAGGUGCCUGCUGUAGAAGUUCAGGAAAAGAUAUCAUUUAUGGUUAACAAUAUCUCAUCUGCAAAUAUAGAUUCUAAAGCAAAAGAAUUUAUAGGGAUCCUCGAAGAGCAGCACUAUCCGUGGUUUGCUCAGUAUAUGGUGAUGAAAAGGGCGAGCAUUGAGCCAAAUUUCCAUGACCUCUAUUUGGAAUUCAUAGACAAGGUUAAUUCGAGACUAUUGAAUAAAGAGAUCAUGAAUGCGAGUUACGAGAAUUGCAAGGUUCUUUUAAGAUCCGAACUAAUAAAAUCAAGUUCGGAAGAGCGUUCCUUAUUUAGAAAUCUUGGGAGCUGGCUUGGAAAAUUCACAAUCGGCAGGAAUCAAGUUUUACUUGCCCGAGAAAUAGAUUUAAAAGCAUUAAUAAUAAAGGCAUAUGAAAAGGGAUUGAUGAUUGCAGUAAUUCCAUUUACCUCAAAGAUUCUAGGACAAUGCCAGUCCAGUCUAGCUUAUCAGCCCCCUAAUUCUUGGACUAUGGCAAUCCUUAGUUUACUUGCUGAGAUCUAUGCACUUCCAAACCUUAAAAUGAACCUGAAAUUCGACAUUGAGGUUCUGUUUAGGAAUCUUUGUGUGGAUAUGAAAGAUGUAAAACCAUCUUCCCUUCUCAAAGAUCGUGUUCGGGAAAUAGAAGGCAAUCCUGAUUUUUCUAAGAAAGAUACUGGUGCAUCCCAGCCACCAAUGGUUGCGGAAGCUAACUCUGGAAUGGUAUCUUCAUUGAGUCAAGUUGAGGUGCAGGCCGAGCAUACCAAUCCAUCUCACUCCUGUGGCCAUUACAAUGGACUGUCCCAAUCUACUCCAUCGCGGUCACCAUUAUUUGCUACUCAGCAUCUGACACCAAUCCCUAAUAUUGGAAUUCAUGUUGUUGUCAAUCAAAAGCUUGGUGCUUUGGGCAGGCAGUUGCAGUUUCAGAGAAUCGUGGCAGCAGCUGUGGAGAAGGCCAUCCUAGAGAUAACAUCUCCUGUUGUUGAACAGAGUGUUAAAGUUGCUAGCCAGACAACUAAGGAACUUGUUUUAAAGGACUAUGCUAUCGAGUCAGAUGAAAGUCGCAUAUAUGCGGCUGCACGUGCAUUGGUGGCAAAUCUAGCAGGAUGUUUAGCUCAUGCGCAAUGCAAGGAAUGUCUUCCUCAAAUCUUGUCAAAUCAGCUUCGCAAUUCUCUUCAAUCCUUGAAUAUUAUGAGUGAUUCUCUCAAACAGACCGUACAGCUCAUUACGAAUGAUAAUCUUUGUCUGGGAUGUACAGUGGUUGAACGUGCUGCAACUGAGAAGGCAGUGCAAUGCAUUGAUGGCUAUAUGUCUCCAUCUCUAGAUUUUAGACGAAAGCAGAGGGAGGGAGUUGGUUCUGCAUUUUAUAAUGCAAUUACUUACAUGAAAGGCCCUUUUGCCAGCAUACCAGAGGCACUUCGCCCCAAGCCUGGCUGCUUGUCCACUAUCCAACAUCAAGUUUAUGAGUAUUUUGUCCAGCAACCAUGGCAAAAUCAGUCAAGCCCCAGUUCUAAUGCUGCGCAUUCUGGUCUAACCAGUUCAUAUUGUGGUUCUCUUAGUUCAGGCUUGACUUGUGUUUAUGGUGCAAGUUCAGGACAGCAAAUCUCAAGCAUAUAUUCGGCUGAACCAGUGAUUCCUGGGUUCAGUGCCGUUGCCCAACCAUUGGAUCUGAUUCCUGAAGAGAUGGACCCCCUUUCGGCACAACCUUUUAGUGCCUCGGCUCUCAUCGGGAUGGCUGAUGGUGUUAUCCAGCAUGGUGCAGAAAUGAACUCUCCUGCACCUUCAUUUCCCUCAAUGGCUACAGCCCCAGAACUGCAGCCGGUGGAAUCCUCUAUUGCAGUGAAGGACUCUGGAACUGUUGUACUGCCGUUGCCGAUUGUUUUAGUUUCACAGCACCUUGGAAGUGGCUUAUCAGAUCCUUUGUUGACAACAGGAGAUGCAUUGGAUAAGUUCCAGUUAGUAGCACGGAAGCUGGAAGCUUUGAUCACUAAAGGCGCUAGAGAUGUAGAAAUUCAGGGAGUUAUUGCUGAAGUGCCUGGAGUCAUUCUUAAAUGUGUAAGCAGAGAUGAAGCUGCCAUGACAUUGGCCCGGAAGGUCUUUAGGAGCUUGUAUGAGAAUGCAUCAAACAGCGUACAUGUUACUUCCCAUGUUGCAAUUCUGGUAGCUAUUCGCAACAUUUGCAAGCUUAUUGUCAAGGAACUAACGAGUUGGGUAAUUUACUCAGAUGAAGAGAGGAAGUUCAACAAAGAUAUAACAGUCCGCCUUAUUCGUUCCGAGUUACUAAACCUUGCAGAGUACAACGUGCACCUAGCCAAACUUAUUGACGGUGGCAGGAACAAAGCGGCUACAGAUUUUUCUGUUUCUCUUGUCCAAACAUUGGUGGUUCAGGAGCCUCAAAUAAGUGUCUCAAAACUCUACAGUCUCAUGGAUACUUUGGAAAAGCUUGCUUCAAGACCUGGAUCUGCAGAAUCCUUGCAACAAUUGGUUGAGAUUGCCAAGAAUUCCAGCUCCACUGUGGUAUCUCUUCCUGGUUCUGAUAUUGGCAACGAAGAUAUGAUCAGACAGUCCAGGGACAAGAAGGUUGGUUCUGGUCAUUCCUUGGCAAGUAGAGAGGACCAUGAUGUUACCAAAUCUGUGGCUGUGGAUCCUGCUGGUUUCCUAGAUCAGGUUUCUCAUCUCUUCGCUGAAUGGUGUCGGAUUUGUGAACUUCCUGGUAUGAAUGAUGCAUCUUAUGCCCAUUAUAUUUCACAAUUGCAGCAAAGUGGGCUACUUAAAGGUGAUGAUAUCACAGAUCGCUUUUUCUGCAUCCUUACGGAACUUUCUGUGACACGUUGUCUAUUCUCUGAAGUGACUAAUCUCUAUGUGUUGUCACUACAAUCACCUCAACAAGCCCAUGAUCUCUCGUUUAUUGCCAUUGAUAUGUAUUCAAAGCUUGUGGUUUUAGUUCUCAAGUACUGUGCAGUGGAUCAGGGAUCUAUUAAAGUCAUUCUUCUAGCCAAGAUUCUGUCUGUGAUUGUGAGAGUUAUCCAAAAAGAUGCUUUAGAGAAUAAGUCCUCUUUCAACCCAAGGCUGUAUUUCAGGCUGUUUGUAAACUGGCUUUCGGAUUUUGGUUCCCCUGACACUGUCCUUGAUGGUGCCAACUUUCAGGUCUUGACGGCAUUUGCCGAUGCUUUCCAUGCAUUGCAGCCUCUGAAAGUUCCUGGCUGGAGAUUUGCAUGGCUUGAGUUGGUGAGCCACAGAAGUUUCAUGCCACAAUUACUCAUGUCCAACUCUCACAAGGGUUGGCCUUUCAUCCAUCGCUUGCUCAUAGACUUGUUCAAAUUCAUGGAGCCAUACGUGAGGAAUGAUGAACUAGGAGAAACGGUUCGCUUUCUAUACAAAGGAACUCUAAGGGUCCUGCUGUUACUGCUUCAUGAUUUUCCAGAGUUCCUUUGUGGUUAUUAUUUCAGCUUCUGCGAUGUGAUCCCUCCCAGUUGCAUUCAAAUGCGAAACAUUAUUCUCUGUGCUUUUCCCCACAAUAUGGAGCUGCCCUAUCCUUUAACUCCCAACUUAAAGGUUGAUUUGGUCCCUGAAUCCAGCCAGUCACCAUGCAUCCUCUCUGAGGUUGAUGGUGCCAUCAAAGCAAUGCAAAUUAAGACUAAAAUUGAUGAGUAUCUCAAGUCAUGGAAAAAGGGAUCUCCACUUUUAGCGGAGCUAAACCAGAGUCUGCUGCUUCCCCAAAGCGAGGCGGCACUGGCUGGGACUCGGUACAAUGUACCCCUGAUCAACUCCCUCGUGCUUUACUUAGGCAUGCAGGCUAUCUACACCACUCCCGUGGAUGACUUUUCAGUCAGUCCUACCAUGGACAUUUUCCAGGUUAUGAUAACAGAUUUGGAUCCAGAAGGGCGCUACCUUUUCCUAAAUUCAGUUGCCAACCAAUUACGUUACCCAAGCAGCCAUACCUUCUACUUCUCCUUGGUCCUUCUCUAUUUGUUUUCAGAAGCAAGCCAGGAUGUCAUUCAGGAGCAAAUAAUGAGGGUGUUGUUAGAGCGUCUCAUUGUCAAGCAACCUCAUCCAUGGGGCUUGCUGGCCACCUUUAUUAAGCUCGUUAAGAAUCCACAGAAUGACUUCUGGAACCAGCCAUUCAUUCGGCAUGAGCGUAAGAUUGUUGAUGAACUGUUUGAAUUACUGGCAAGACCCUAUGGCAGCAUGAUGACUAUGGAUGGUGGGAUGGUCCCAGGUGGGGUUUCUGAUAAUGCUCAUUGAAAUCUUCUUGGAAACAUUGAAAACCAAUCGGAUCUUACAUUCAUGGUGUACUGUAGUUAGUUUCUAUGGGUCUUUUCAGGGGCCAGGCAUCAGGAGCUCUGUAUUAUAGGUAAAUGAAAUUCUCAUAAUAGAAAGUCAUAUUGUGACUGUUUAUUCUGG